AGGAUGUGGAGGAAGAGUCAGUUAUGCAUUCGUCUAGUGCUUGGUGAAUCUGCAUUUUUACAGGAUUAAAUAUAGGGUAGACAAAGCAGUCAAAUAUGCCUUUUUCUCUAGCAAGAGGAGGCACGACUCCUGGGCCUGUCUUUGUCCCGUGCUUGUGAAGAUAAGCUGUUAAUUUACAUUGCCAGGGUGAAAUUCAACUGAUCUGUUUUAGAAUAAAGAUCCUGGGGGCCCACUAGGAAUUUCCUUGUAAGGAAGCCCGUUGGGGAGUUGUGUGGCCUUUUUUCUUUGUAGCUAUCUAUUUAGGAACAAAUGGGAGGCAGUGUUUGUUGCCUGACUCAGUUUCCAAGCUUGACUCUUCCCUUUGGCAUAGUGAGUUUGGAGUCCAGAGAUUUUAAUUUUCCCUUCACAAGCUGAACAGGAGCCUUGGGAGAGAACGCUCUGGACCGGGGAGUGAGCCAUGAGCUCGAGCCACAGGUUCUGAAGUUUUGAAGCCUUGGGACCAAGAGGGUGGUGCUUAGAGGUCAGUGCCACGGGAGGGAGGUCAGGGCCAGGGUCAGACGUGAACCCUCGUGGAGGGCGGACUGGAGACCCCUUCGUUCGGGGGCGGAGGCUUGGCUCCGAGCAUUUAGAACUUUUGUGCAUUUCCCCGUGGCGCCAUCUCUUGGCCAGAGACACGCUUUAACGCAACAGCCCCUCAAGAUGUUUUAAGGGCUAUACCCUAAAGCCGGGAAGGCAGACAGGGUGGAGCUGGCUGCCGCCGGGGGAAGGCACUUUUGAGCUAGGGAAGGAGGGCGGGAAGGACAGGCGACCUACUUCCCGAAUCGCCUGCAAACCCUAGAGGAGCUCGCUCCGCGCUGCGCCACGAUGUCCGGGGAGUCAGCCAGGAGCCUGGGGAAGGGAAGCGCGCCCCCAGGGCCAGUCCCAGAGGGCCUGAUCCGCGUCUACAGCAUGAGGUUCUGCCCGUUCGCUGAGAGGACGCGUCUGGUCCUGAAGGCCAAGGGAAUCAGGCAUGAAGUCAUCAAUAUCAACCUGAAAAAUAAGCCUGAGUGGUUCUUUAAGAAAAAUCCCUUUGGUCUGGUGCCAGUUUUGGAAAACAGUCAGGGUCAGCUGAUCUACGAGUCUGCCAUCACUUGUGAGUACCUGGAUGAAGCAUACCCAGGGAAGAAGCUGUUUCCUGAUGAUCCCUAUGAGAAAGCUUGCCAGAAGAUGGUCUUCGAGUUGUUUUCUAAGGUGCCAUCCUUGGUAGGAAGCUUUAUUAGAAGCCAAAAUAAGGAAGACUGUGCUGGCCUAAAAGAAGAAUUUCGUAAAGAAUUUAGCAAGCUAGAGGAGGUUCUGACUAACAAGAAGACAACCUUCUUUGGUGGCAGUUCUAUCUCGAUGAUUGAUUACCUCAUCUGGCCCUGGUUUGAACGGCUGGAAGCAAUGAAGUUAAAUGAGUGUGUAGAUCACACUCCAAAACUUAAACUGUGGAUGGCAGCCAUGAAGGAAGAUCCCACAGUCUCAGCCCUGCUCACUAGUGUGAAGGACUGGCAAGGUUUCCUAGAGCUGUACUUACAGAACAGCCCUGAGGCCUGUGACUAUGGGCUCUGAAGGGGACGGGAGUCAGCAAUAAAGCUAUGUCUGAUGUUUUCUUUCACUAA